AUUGGUUUUUUAAUUGGCUGAUUUAUUGAUUUGCCAAUGCGCAGCAAUCAAGGCACAGGCCGGCUCAAUACGUCAUCGGCAGGGAUACAAACACAUGGUGAGCAUGAACGCUCUCACGGUCAUGUUAUUUGCUGCUAUAGACUAUAUAUUUUUCGCACGGGCUAGAUCAUUGAUUCCAAUGCUUAUUAUUUUGCCUGCCCUGCGCUGCACAGAACUGAACUGUACUAACGCGAAGAACACAGUACAGCACCUCCCCCCAUUAUUUGAAGUGAGAUAGCGCGUAUUAUGUGACUGCUGCUUUGUUUGGGUUGUUGC